CAUAAAAGGGAAAAAGCGUGUGUGGUUCUCGACGUGCCGCGAAUCUUCGAACGCAAGCGCUUUACGGUCCUCAGACUUUGAAAAACAUUCGAGGGACGCGCCCGCGGCUGCCGUCGUAAUUUCCAGCUCGACGUGCCUAUUCCGUGGCUUGGCAGCUCUGUUUCUCUCCAUGUUGGCUUCUUGGUCAGGCAGGCAAAGGCCUCCAUCAGUUCCAGGCUUCGCUGCUACUCUCUUGACAACCAGCUGAAAGAGGCACCGCAGACACAAUGGCCCUGGUGUCAGCCGAUUCCCGCAUCGCAGAACUUCUCACAGAGCUUCAUCAGCUGAUCAAACAAACCCAGGAAGAGCGUUCACGGAGUGAACACAACUUAGUGAACAUCCAGAAGACCCAUGAGCGGAUGCAGACAGAGAACAAGAUCUCUCCCUACUACCGGACAAAGCUGCGUGGGCUCUAUACCACCGCCAAGGCUGAUGCAGAGGCUGAGUGCAAUAUCCUCCGGAAAGCUCUAGAUAAGAUAGCGGAAAUCAAGUCUCUGUUGGAAGAAAGGCGGAUUGCGGCCAAGAUCGCGGGCCUGUACAAUGACUCGGAGCCCCCCCGGAAGACCAUGCGCAGGGGGGUGCUGAUGACGCUGCUGCAGCAGUCGGCCAUGACCCUGCCCUUGUGGAUCGGGAAACCUGGUGACAAGCCCCCGCCCCUCUGUGGGGCCAUUCCGGCCUCUGGGGACUACGUGGCCAAACCUGGAGACAAGGUGGCUGCCCGGGUCAAGGCUGUGGAUGGGGAUGAGCAGUGGAUCCUGGCUGAGGUGGUCAGUUACAGCCACGCCACCAACAAGUAUGAGGUAGAUGACAUUGAUGAAGAAGGCAAAGAGAGACAUACCCUGAGCCGGCGGCGCAUCAUCCCUCUGCCCCAGUGGAAAGCCAACCCAGAGACAGACCCCGAAGCCUUAUUUCAGAAGGAGCAGCUCGUGCUGGCCCUGUAUCCUCAGACCACCUGCUUCUACCGUGCCCUGAUCCACACGCCCCCACAACGGCCCCAGGAUGACUAUUCAGUCCUGUUUGAAGACACCUCCUAUGCAGAUGGUUACUCCCCUCCCCUCAAUGUGGCCCAGAGGCCCUUCUGCCCCUCCCCAUACCAGGGCAGGUUGGGGAAUUGAAGAGCUGGAGGGAGGGAAGAGAGCUUCAUUUGAUCCCAGGGGGAAUUCCUUCUAGCUCAGGUUUGCUCUUU